AAAGGGGAACUCGAGAGGAGGGUUCUGGCUCCUUUACGGGAGGGGCAGACCCCAUGAAAGGAGGAGGUGUGGCGGGAUCGGGGCCUCUGUCCAGCAGGGUCAGGCUCCCUCAGCAUGGCCCUUGUAAUGUUGCCUGUUGCAGCUGGCGCACCAAGCCAACCAUCUCCCUACCCGCUGAGAGCUGCGGCCAUGUGUUGGCUGGUUACAGGCUGGGGUCAGGACUCCUGGGUUCUUUCCCUGGCUGUGCAGGGAGUCAGCCUGUUGAGCAGGUGGAGACCCACGACUUCUGGAUUCUGUUCCUGACUCUGCCAUAACCUCCUGCUCCCCUCUGAGCUGCAGCUUCCCCAGCUCUGCAAAGGGGGCGGUCAUGCUCCCCCCACCCCUGUCCCAGGGCCACGUGAGGCUUAAGUCACUGAUGCAUGUAAAGGGCAUCAAUCUGAAAAAUGCUGGAUCUCCUCAUUGGUGGGAAGGUGCAGCCCAAGGAGAGAGCAGGUCCCUGCGAUACAAUCAACUUAUUUAUACGGCACUUUUUGUACAACAUGUGUGGCAAACUACUCGACGGGCUCCCUCAGUAACAGGGCAAGAGAACAUCAGGGAGGUAGAGGUUGGGACAGGACUUGAGGAUUAAACCUAACUGCCACCCAAAUUCUGCAUCCUGUCGAUGCCCCUGUUACUAACGAUCCCUCGCUUUUAGAGAGCCGUUGCAUCGGUGGAUCUCACAGCGCCUUGCAGACAAGGCCAGUAUCAUCACCUGUGUUUUACAGACGGGGAGAUGGAAGGGAAGGGACUUGCCCUAAAUCAAGCCAAGAAUAGAACCCCCUCCAGUCCUCUGUCCACUACCCCACGCUGUCUUACAAGGGAACCAUUUCCACUGCUUGAUCCAGGACGGCUCUGUGGCUUUGGACCUUCCACUGCCAUCACAGACGGGGGAGGCUGCUUCUGUCUCCGUCGCCUCCAGGCCCCCAGCUGCCCGGGACAUGCCUUCGGGAUGCAACCGGAGGUGCAUGCAGGUUUGUUUCUGGCUGGCAGAGACGAUGCCAUUGAAAGGAGCCGCGUGACUCCCCCGGCCCCACCAUGCCCUUUUCUGACUUUGUCUUAGCACUGAAGGACAAUCCCUACUUCGGGGCUGGCUUUGGCCUGGUAGGGGUGGGCACGGCUCUGGCUUUGGCCCGGAAGGGGGCCCAGUUUGGGGCGGUUGCUUUUCGCCGACACUACAUGAUCACCUUGGAGGUGCCCAGCAAGGACAAGAGCUACCAGUGGCUGCUGAGUUGGAUCUCGCACUAUGCCAAGCACACUCAGCACCUGAGCGUGGAGACCUCGUACCUGCAACAUGAGAGCGGGCGCAUCAGCACCAAGUUCGACUUUAUCCCCAGCCCUGGGAACCACUUCAUCUGGUAUCAGAGGAAGUGGAUCCGCAUCGAGCGGAACCGAGAGAAGCAAAUGAUCGACCUGCACACGGGGACCCCCUGGGAGUCAGUGACGUUCACAGCCCUGGGCACCAAGCGGGAGAUCUUCUUCAGCAUCCUCCAGGAAGCCAGGGAACUGGCUCUGAGGCAGCAGGAGGGGAAGACAGUCAUGUACACGGCCAUGGGUGCCGAAUGGCGGCCGUUUGGCUUCCCGCGCCGCCGUCGGCCGCUCGCCUCCGUGGUGCUGGAGAAGGGGAUCUCGGAGAAGAUCGUGCAGGACGUAAAGGAGUUCAUCGAGAACCCCAAGUGGUACAGUGAGAGAGGAAUCCCGUACAGGAGGGGCUAUUUGCUUUACGGGCCCCCGGGCUGUGGGAAAAGCAGCUUCAUCACGGCCCUGGCCGGGGAGCUGGAGUACGGCAUCUGCCUGCUGAGCCUGAGCGACCGCAGCCUCUCCGAUGACCGCCUCAACCACCUCCUCAGCGUGGCGCCGCAGCAGAGCAUCAUCCUCCUGGAGGACGUGGACGCGGCCUUCGUCAGCCGGGACCUCGCUGUGGAGAACCCAACUGCCUACCAGGGCAUGGGACGGCUGACCUUCAGUGGCCUCCUCAACGCGCUGGAUGGCGUCGCCUCCACGGAGGCCAGGAUCGUCUUCAUGACCACCAACCAUGUGGACAGGUUGGACCCAGCCCUGGUACGCCCUGGCCGGGUGGAUCUGAAGCAGUACGUGGGACCCUGCUCCCGCUGGCAGAUUUCCCGCAUGUUCCAGCGCUUCUACCCAGACCAGCCGGUGGCUGCCGGGGACAAGUUCGCAGAGCAGGCCCUGCGUGUCUCCGAGCAGAUCAGCGCCGCCCAGGUGCAGGGCCACCUCAUGCUGUAUAAAGCAGACCCAGCCGGGGCCAUUGAAAACGUGCAGUCGAUUUCCCUGUGAGCGAGGGCGGGUGCUCUCAAAGGGGAGGGGCUUGCAGCGCCAUGCCUGGGAGUGACUCAUGGAGGACGUGAUAACCGUGAGGAUGCUGCUUUGUGACAGUCCCAGGGAGCCGAUCGCUCUCUGUUUUGCUACCUCAACGAGGCCUUGGGUUUCUAUUAAAAUAUAAAAAGAACUAGGACACCCUGA